CGGGAGUCACGUGCCCGCAGGGAUCACGUGCCAGCAGCGCAACCAAUCGCUGGGCGGUGCUGUCCUGGGAGCGAGGAGGCUGCGGUGAGAGACGGACUGAGACCGGAGAUGUUUUCAAGCCCGGCCCCGGUGGCGUUAGUGGCGGUUGCAGCGGCGACGAAGACAACGACAGCGACAGCCACGCCGAGGCACUCGUUCAGGGGGUAAAUCCUCCUGCGCCGGCCGUGUCUCGAAUCCGUGCGGGCCAGGGGGGCGUGGCGACAGGAGAGGAGGAAGGAGGGGCGCGGUUUCGAGCCUGUCCCCGGCGCCUGGGAGGAGACCCUUCAGUUCUGCGCUGCUCUCGUCUCCCUUUCCCAGAGCAAGAUCCAGGAUGAGAAGACUGAUAAAAGAAGAAGCUAGCUGAACAGCUAUAAUAAGAUGCCCAAAUCUGGGUUCACAAAACCAGUUCAGAGUGAAAAUUCUGACAGUGACAGCAAUAUGGUAGAAAAAUCAUAUGGAAGAAAGAGUAAAGACAAGAUUGCAUCCUAUAGUAAAACUCCAAAAAUUGACCGAAGUGAUGUGGGCAAGGAUAUAAAAGAGAAAUCAUCCAUGAAACGUAAACUACCUUUUACCAUCAGCCCAUCAAGAAAUGAAGAACGAGAUUCAGACACAGAUUCAGAUCCAGGACAUACAAGUGAAAAUUGGGGGGAGAGACUUAUAUCUUCUUACAGGACAUACUCAGAGAAGGAAGGUCCAGAAAAGAAGAAAACAAAAAAGGAAACCGGAAAUAAGAAAUCUACACCAGUUAGCAUUCUUUUUGGUUAUCCACUCUCCGAACGAAAGCAGAUGGCACUUCUUAUGCAGAUGACAGCAAGAGACAACAGUCCAGAUUCCACACCAAAUCAUCCAUCACAAACAACACCAGCCCAAAAGAAAACUCCCAGUUCUUCAUCUCGACAAAAGGAUAAAGUUAAUAAAAGAAAUGAACGUGGUGAAACUCCUUUACACAUGGCAGCUAUUCGAGGAGAUGUGAAACAAGUCAAAGAAUUAAUCAGUUUAGGGGCAAAUGUAAACGUGAAAGAUUUUGCAGGUUGGACGCCACUGCAUGAAGCUUGCAAUGUUGGAUAUUAUGAUAUUGCUAAGAUACUCAUAGCAGCUGGAGCAGAUGUUAACACACAAGGAUUAGAUGAUGACACUCCACUCCAUGAUUCUGCUAGUAGUGGGCACAGAGAUAUAGUGAAGCUGUUACUUCGUCAUGGUGGAAAUCCAUUUCAAGCUAAUAAACAUGGAGAGCGUCCAGUGGAUGUAGCAGAAACGGAGGAGUUGGAGUUGCUGCUGAAAAGAGAGGUGCCUUUGUCAGAUGAUGAUGAGAGUUAUACAGAUUCUGAAGAGGCUCAGUCUGUAAAUCCUUCUAGUGUUGAUGAAAACAUAGACUCUGAAACAGAGAAAGACUCUCUCAUCUGUGAAAGUAAACAAAUACUUCCCUGUAAAGCACCUCUUCCAUCUGCCCUUGAUGAGUAUGAGUUCAAAGAUGACGAUGAUGAAGAAAUAAAUAAAAUGAUUGAUGACAGGCAUAUUCUUAGGAAAGAACAACGAAAAGAAAAUGAAUCUGAAGCAGAAAAGAAUAGUUUAUUUGUAAAACAAGAGAAAGCCUUCUAUUCUAAAUCAUUUAAAAGUAAAAAACAGAAGCCUUCCCGGGUUUUGUAUUCAAGUACUGAAAGUUCUGAUGAUGAAGUUCUUCAGAACAAAAAAGUUUCUGCUCCAUGUUCUGCUCCUGAAACAUCAAAUUCUGAUGCACAAACCAAAAAGGAGUAUGUAGUUUCAAGUGAACACAAACAGAAAGGCAAAGUUAAAAGAAAAUUAAAAAACCAAAACAAAAAUAAAGAGAACCAAGAGCUGAAGCAAGAAAAAGAGGGGAAAGAAAAUACCAGAGUAGCAAACUUGACAGUUAAUACUGCACAAGAUUGUUCAGAAAAGACCAGAGAGGAGGGAAAUUUUAGGAAAUCUUUUAGCCCUAAAGAUGAUACUUCAUUGCAUUUAUUUCACAUUUCAACUGGUAAAUCUCCCAAACAUUCUUGUGGUUUAAGUGAAAAACAGUCAACCUCACUAAAACAAGAACAUGCUAAAACUUGUUUAUCACCAGGAAGUUCUGAAAUGUCAUUACAACCUGACCUUGUUCGGUUUGAUAAUGCAGAAUCCGAAUUCUUGCCUGAAAGUUCAAGUGUAAAAUCUUGUAAACAUAAGGAAAAAAACAAACAUCAGAAAGAUUUCCACUUAGAAUUUGGUGAAAAAUCAAAUGCCAAAGUUAAAGAUGAAGAACAUAGUCCAACAUUUGAAAAUUCAGAAUGUACCCUUAAAAAAAUGGAUAAAGAGGGUAAAACUUUAAAAAAACAUAAAUUAAAACAUAAAGAACGAGAAAAAGAAAAGCAUAAAAAAGAAAUCGAAGGUGAAAAGGAAAAAUAUAAAAAUAAAGAUGGUGUUAAAGAACUACAGAGAAGUGUGGAAUUUGAUAGAGAAUUUUGGAAAGAGAACUUUUUUAAAAGUGAUGAAACUGAGGACCUAUUUCUAAAUAUGGAACAUGAGUCCCUAAUGUUAGGGAAAAAAUCAAAGUUGGAAAAAAACAUAAAAGAUGAUAAAUCAGCCAAAGAAAAGCAUAUCUCAAAAGAGAGAAACUUUAGAGAAGAACGAGAAAAGAUUAAAAAGGAAAAUGAGAAAUCUUUCAGGGAAGAAAAACUUAAAGAUCUCAAAGAAGAAAGAGAGAAUGUACCCACAGAUAAAGAACUAGAACUCAGUUCUUUGGGUGUAAGUGCCAAUGAGGACUCUAUCGUGGUACAUUCAGUGGAAAAGGAAAUAGACAUUGAAAAACAAGAAAAGCAUAUAAAAGAAAGUAAGGAAAGAUCCGAAAAGCGAUUCCAAAUUAAAGAAAAAGACAUUGAGAAGACUGAAAGGAAAAACUGUGAAAAAGAGAAAAAGAUAAAACAUGAGCAUAAGUCAGAAAAAGACAAAUUAGAGCUUAGUGAAUGUACUGACAGAAUGAAAGAAAAGGACAAGCUAUAUUCACAUCACACAGAAAAAUGCCAUAAGGAAGGUGAGAAGAUCAAAAACAUUACUAUUAUUAAAAAAACUGAUGACCGAGAUAAAAGUAGAGAAAAGAUGGACAGAAAACAUGACAAAGAAAAACCUGAAAGAGAAAGACAUCUAGUGGAAAGUAAAGAAAAGCACUUGACAGAGAAAAGAAAUAAAUCAGAUAAUAUUGAGUAUAUUAAAUCAGAAAAAGGCAAAAAUAAAGAAAAAGACAGGGAGGUAGAUAAAAAGGAAAAAUCUAGAGAUAAAGAAAGUGUAAAUAUAACUAACUCCAAACACUUACAGGAAGAAAAAAAGUCGAGUAUAGUAGAGAGUUGUAAAGCACAACAUGAAAAAACCUUAUCCCUUAAAGAAAAAACAAAAGAUGAACCCUUGAAAAUUCCAGAUGGAAAAGAGAAAGAUAAAAAAGAUAAAGAUAUAGAUAGAUACAAAGAACGAGACAAACAUAAAGAUAAAACCCAACCAAAUAGUUUACUCAAACUAAAAUCUGAAGCAGAUAAGCCUAAACCUAAGUCAUCACCAGCAUCAAAAGAUGCUCGCCCUAAAGAAAAGAGGUUAGUGAAUGAUGAUUUAAUGCAGACUAGUUUUGAACGAAUGCUAAGCCUUAAAGACCUAGAAAUAGAACAGUGGCAUAAAAAACAUAAGGAAAAAAUUAAGCAAAAAGAAAAGGAACGAUUGAGAAAUCGCAGUUGUUUAGAACUUAAGGUAAAAGAUAAAGAAAAAAAACAUGCACUAACUGAAUCCAAAAAUAAAGAACUUACUAGGUCAAAGAGUUCAGAGUUGACUGAUGCUUAUAACAAGGAGAAAGUGUCUAAAGAUGCUGUAAGUAAUAGAUCACAAUCUGUCGACACCAAAAAUACAGUGAAUUUAGGGAAAUCAUCAUUUGUCUCAGAUAAUAGCGUAAAUAGGUCUCCUAGAUCAGAAAGUGAGAAACCAGGUCUUAGCUCCAGAUCUGUGUCCAUGAUUUCUGUUGCUAGUUCAGAAGAUUCUUGCCAUACUACAGUGACUACCCCAAGGCCUCCAGUUGAGUAUGAUUCUGACUUUAUGUUAGAGGGUUCAGAGUCCCAAAUGUCCUUUUCCCAGUCACCUUUUUUGCCAGUUGCUAAAUCUCCUGCCCUUCAUGAAAGGGAAUUGGAUAGCUUAGCUGAACUACCAGAGCGUAUUAAACCACAGUAUGCAAGCAGACUUCCAACAUCCCAUCUCAGGUCGUCAUCUGUAGAAGAUGUUAAAUUAAUUAUAAAUGAGGGGAGACCUGCUGUAGAAGUGCGAAGAUGUAGCAUGCCAUCUGUCAUUUGUGAACAUACAAAGCAGUUCCAAACCAUAGCAGAAGAAAGCAAUCAAGGUAGCUACUUAGCUGUGCCAAGAGAUUUUUGUUCUUCUCCAAAACCUGAGGUAUCCUUAAAUGUGCCUGAAAGAGACCUUUCAAAUGUGUCUACCAUACAUUCCAGUUUUGCAGCCUCUCCAACUAGAUCUGUGAACAGCAAAUACAUUUCAGCUGAUCUAAAUGUUAUCAGGAGUACUGCUGCAAUGGGCACUUUAGUGGACAGUCCUGUGCCUUUAGAGUCAUCUAAUCAAGUUGGUGUUAUCCAAAAUAAAUCAUGGGAAAUUCCUGUUGAUAGGCUGGAGUCAUUAAGCACCAGUGACUUUAUCUGCCCUAAUUCUAGUACACCAGAUCAAGAUUCCUCCAUUCAAGGUGUUUGUAAUUCUGAAAACAAAAUGUUGAAGGAGCAGAAUGCUGAUUUUUUGUCCCUGCCCCAGACUGAACUGCCAGGAAAUUCCUGUGCUCAGGAUCCAGCAUCCUUUCUGCCUUCACAGCAACCUUGCUCUUUUCCCAGCCAGUCACUUUCAGAUGCUGAAUCUAUUUCUAAACAUAUGUCUUUGUCGUAUGUUGUCAAUCAAGAACCAGUUACUUUGCAACAGAAAAACGCAGUUCAGAUUGUCAGUUCUGUUUUAGAUACUGAUACUGAAUCUAUAAAAGAUACAGAAAAUACUUUUGUCCUAGCAGACGUUCAAAAGACAGAUACCUUUGUCCCACUAUACUCUGAAAGCACUGUUCAAGAACCAUCACCAAGCUUUGAUAAGACUGACACUUUACAAUCAGAAAAGGAUUUUAAUGGAAGUGAUGCCUCUUCCCAGCUAAAUACACAUUAUUCAUUUAGUAAGGUAACUUAUAAGUCUUCCAACAGCCAUGAAGUUGAGAAUAACACAACAGAUAUUCAGGUUAUUUCACGUGAAAGAGAAGGCAAAUUGGAAAGUAUGGUUUUAACUCAUUUGAGUAAGUGUGAUUCCGAUUUAUGUGAAAUUAAUGUGGUGGUGCCAAAAGAAAACCUAAAUGAACAAGAUAAUCCAAAACUUUGUCCUGAAAGUGAAAAAUGUUUGCUUUCCAUCGAAGAUGAUGAAUCUCAGCAGAGCACUUUAUCAAGUCUGGAAAACCAUUCACAGCAGUCAGCUCAACCAGAAAUGCAUAAAUAUAGCCAGUUGGUUAAAGUAGAAUUAGAAGAAAAUACUGAAGAUGAUAAAAUUGAAAAUCAAAUUCCUCAAAGACUGACUAGAAACAAAGCAAAUACAAUGGCAAAUCAGAGCAAACAGAUUCUUGCUGGCUGUGCAGUGUUAACCGAAAAAGACAGUGAAUCUUCAUCUCCUAGAGGAAGAAUAAGAUUAACUGAAGAAGAUGAUCCUCAAAUUCACCAUCCACGGAAAAGGAAAGUGUCACGUGUACCUCAGCCUGUGCAAGUGAGUCCGUCUUUACUACAAGCGAAAGAGAAAACUCAGCAAUCUCUGGCAGCCAUUGUAGAUUCUCUGAAGCUAGAUGAGAUUCAGCCAUACAGUUCAGAGAGAGCAAAUCCAUAUUUUGAAUAUUUGCACAUAAGAAAAAAAAUUGAAGAAAAGCGCAAAUUAUUGUGUAGUGUUAUUCCUCAAGCACCUCAGUAUUAUGAUGAAUAUGUAACAUUUAAUGGAUCAUAUCUCCUGGAUGGAAAUCCCUUAAGCAAGAUUUGUAUUCCCACAAUUACACCACCACCUUCACUGUCAGAUCCACUUAAAGAGCUUUUUCGACAACAAGAAGUUGUAAGGAUGAAACUACGUUUGCAACACAGUAUUGAGAGGGAAAAACUCAUUGUAUCAAAUGAACAGGAAGUUCUACGAGUUCAUUAUAGAGCUGCAAGAACAUUGGCAAAUCAAACACUGCCAUUUAGUGCUUGUACUGUUUUACUGGAUGCGGAAGUAUACAAUGUACCUUUGGACUCUCAGUCUGAUGACAGUAAAACUUCUGUGAGGGAUCGCUUUAAUGCAAGACAAUUCAUGUCUUGGUUACAAGAUGUGGAUGAUAAGUUUGACAAAUUAAAGACAUGUCUUUUAAUGAGGCAACAACAUGAAGCUGCGGCUUUAAAUGCCGUCCAGAGACUAGAAUGGCAGCUGAAACUCCAGGAACUUGAUCCCGCCACGUAUAAAUCUAUCAGCAUUUACGAAAUCCAGGAGUUUUAUGUCCCCCUUGUUGAUGUUAAUGAUGAUUUUGAAUUGACUCCUAUAUAGUGGCAUUACUUCUUGAUGAUGUCAUUCUAAACUGAUGAUGCUCAAGCAUUGUAUACUGUGGAAUACUGCCUUUUGACAAAAAUGCUGAUAUUAUGCCUUUACGAUUGUUAGUAAAGUUCAACUAAGUUGGCUAUGUAGGAAACACUGUCAUUUUAUAAAAAUGAAGAAAAUUGUCUUAGAUCUUAGAUACAAUCACAGUUUCUAACAAAAAGCUCUUAUUUAUAUUGGUGGAAGGUAACUAUUGCAUUAGCGCAUGUGGCAGACUGUGGUACAUAUUUAAAAAGUAGAGGAUUGGCUAACAGCGCUGGAAGUUGUUAGCAUUGUAGAGAACAUUCUAAAGAGAUAACCACUAGUAUUCAAAUCUAUUUCAGGUUUUAUUAAAAGUCUAUCAGUAAACUAAAAGGUUCAAUUCCCACCAAAUAGUUUCUAAUGUGGAAGAAAACUUGGCACAAAACUUCUUCAGUUUAUUAUAUCUGUAAAUUAACUGUACAGUAUUCUUUUCAAAAGUUUUAAUAUUGUCUUCCUUUUUAAUAACUUAUUUUAUACAUAUUGUGCAGAUGUAAAUCUUGUAAUUAAUGGCCAAAAUAUAUACAAAGGGAUUGAUAGUCAAAACAUGUACAAAGGAAUAACUGUUAAACUGUUUUGUCUAAUGUUUUAUUGGACCAAAGUUGUAGUUUGUAUGAAGUGUAAUAGUAGUGUGUUCAGGUAGCAAAACUUUUAAAUAAGGCAUGCAUGUGUUUGAGUUAGCUUGUUUUCAUCCUCAUAACUGUAAAGGUUGUGACUUAGUUGUAUUGCAUGCUUCCUAUAAUUUAACUCUCCAUAAUCGAUGCCUGGAACAGUGUAAGGCGUUUCAUACUAGUCUUCUGUGUGAUGGAGCCUGUGACUUACUAUGUGGGACAUAUUAUUUAGAAUUAGUCAUACAAAGAAACUUAGCUCUCUUUCAUCUCACAGUAGAGCCUCUUUCCCCAUGGGGGAAAAAAUGCCUUUGAAUGAAAAUUGUAAAUGUCUAUUUUAAUACUCAACUAUGAAAGAAUCUGUGAAUAUAUGUAAAUAUGUUUAAUAAAUUUUAUUGGUCAUGUUAAAUCAUUGUAAAACUUUUUUACAUUGCUUAAAUUUAAUGUUUUAAGCUUAAUAACCUUUGCACUUUUAAAAUAAAAACUGAGUACUUAAAUCAAAAAAGAGAGAUUGGUAGUCAAAAUAAGUUAAAAGAAGCUUAGAAAUAUUCCAGUCAGUCUCUUGAAUGUUUAUGAAAAAUUGACUAAUAUGUUGUAUUUUUUUCCUUGUAUCAAGAUGCAAAACAUAUAAUUUGCAAAAUUUUAUAAAAUUUGGUAUGCUGUUUUAUAAUAACAGAGUUAGCAAUAGACUUAGAAAAAGUCCAAUUUCUCCUGUAACAUGGUGUAGAUUAAAUAAUCAGGAAUAUUUCACAUCUGAAACCUGCUGCUGGACUUGUUAAACAUUUUUGAAAGAAAAAUUAGGUAGGUGUAAAAUUCAUCAUAAGUAUAUGAAAUAAAAUUUACAAAACUUUCCGUAAUACUUGCAUAAAUUAUAAAAUAUACUGAUUAUUUUCUACUCUGAUAUAGAAAAGUGAAAAUAUAUGAGGAAUGAAGUAAUAAUUAAAUUCAGUUGGAAAUCCCAGCUAAUGGGAAAGAAUGUAAAAUUUUUGAGUGCAAAGGUACAUAUUAAGCUUUAAGCUUAGGGAUUUUUGAAUUUUUACAUCAAUUUAUAUUUUAAUUCUUACUGUACUUGGCAUGCGCAAUAAAGCAGCACGUGUAAAAAAAAAAUACACAGUGCAAGGACUUUAUUAUAAAGGUUGGAUGUUCUUUUCUUUAGAAAUUUAGGUGAGAGAUUUUGGCCUUUUUUAUUGAAUAAAUUGGGCCAGAAAGGCAGGGUAGAUUUUUGAAGCACUGGUUUUGUUGAAGUUAUGUUUAUUAAGGCUGAGAAUGUUAAAAGCUAAUUUAUAAAAGCAAUACUUUUUAAUAUGAAAAACUUAAUGCAGUUUGUUUAUACUUUUGCCUAAAAAGGAAAUUUGUUGGGAUAGCCUUGCGAAUCAUAAAAGUCAAAAACUAGAUUCUUGAGCAUUAAAGUUAUAGAAAAUAAGAGGGGGUAAGUUUAUAGAGCAUUUUGUUCUGUGGUUCAGCCAGAGAAGGGGAGGAAAUAUCACUAUUUGGCCAAAUAGAACAAGCGCCAGAAGAAAAAAGCAAGCAGGAGUCUAGAGAAUUUUUACUCCUCCCAGCUUUUUAGUCUUAGCCACAGUUAUCACCCCCUUUAAUGUACCUCAGAAAGCUGGGGACCUCUCUGCCAUGAUUCUGCUUCUACAAAUUUCCUUUGUGAAGUGACUAAAAGCUAAUUGGCAUACCUUACAAGAAAAGUUAAUGCCUUCUCAUUGGAAAUUUAAAAUCAAGUAAAAUAGUUAAGGGCUUUGAUAUUAAAUGUAUUCUGAAGCUCUGAAAUGCGAGAAAAAAUUUGGAAUGCAGUAUAUGCCUGUAAAAGUUUUGGAUUCUGAAAGAAAAUAAAUGAUGGUUAGUUUAAUCAGUAAUUCUUUUUAAAUUAUUCAAAUAUCAUGAACAAGAUACUAAAUUGUACCUAAGAAUUUGUAUUUCUUUAAAUCUUGUUCUAAAUCAUAUCUGUUUAAUAAAUGACUAGUUGAUAUUUGUGCAUGUUAUUUAAUAAAGAGUUAUAUUUUUAUAGAAAAAUAAGAGUGAAAUGUGUGCUAAAUGUUUUGUUUUUGUUUUUGUUUUUUUACUUAAUUUUUACACUCUCUUAUAACUGUAAGCCAAACAUCAAUGUUUACCUGGGCAAGUAGCAAAAUUAUAGAAAUAUUAAUCCCAAGAAAACAAACAUCUGAGGAAUUAGCCUUCCACAUUCAAAUCUAUUCAGAAAUGAGAAGUCUCGCAAAUGAUUUUUUUAAGUAUUAGACAUGCUGCAAACUUUGUAAUUGCAAAAUCUCAAGAAGAGGCCCUAAAGUUCAUUUUAAUAGGACAUAAGCAUCAUACAAUUACUCCAGGAAUUGAGUACAGAGCUAGGUAUGUAUUUUCCCCAAAAGUUAGGAAACUUAUUUUCUGUUUCUAAUAUUCUGACACAUAAAAACCCAAGUUUUUAUGUAGAGGAAAUUGACUAUUUCAAACUCCUAAGAUAGUAUUCUCUUUUUAUGUUUAAACAAAGCAUCUUCUUUAUUUAAAAAAAAAAUCUAACAUUUAAGGCACAUAAAUUAUUACAAGAGAUAACCUUCAGAAAGACUUGUAUGAAGUUUAAUAAUUAAAAUAUCUUGUAAUUCAUCAUUUUCUUACAGGCUUCUAGAGAACCUUCUGUAUCUGAAAUGGAGUUUUGUUUAAAGCCUCCACAGGAGUAGUCACCCAAAUUAUUUCCAGUAAGUAAAACCAUGAUUUACUGACAAAACUGAGGUAAUUAAGGUUUAAAUGAUUCAGUUAAUCAAACUAGCUAAAAAGAUUUUUUUAAAAAAGCUAGAAUUGCAAAUACUAGCAUAAAAACAGCAGAAAAUCCGACUUUGGAUUGGCUGAGUUUACCAAUAAAGUGCUACACAGUAUCUGCAAAUAAUACAAUUUUUUCAUACGUGUGCAGUAUCUUAAAAAGAGCGCAUAAGUUUUUAGAUAAACACAGUGCUUGCUUGAGUGGGAAUUCAGUUUUAUUAGGUGGAUUAUAUACUCAAGAGAAUCUAAAAGAUAUAUGGAGCACAUUCAACUCUUGAGUUUUUAAAUACAUUUUCUUAAAAACUCAUACCAUUUUGUCCCUCACUUUAAAAAAAUAGUGGUGCUGUUAAUGUAUAUCAGAAACAUAGCAUAGGUUUACUGGUUUAAAAAUGCUAUUUUUCUGUCCCUCUGCAUAAGAGAAUAUUUAUCAGUAUCUUUUUUUAAUUGUUAUAAUUUAUAUUCAAUAAAAAUACCUAAGUCAUAAGGCAGUUUGAUGAAUCCUGAUAGAUAUAAAUGCAUUACCAUCACCUAAAUUAAGAUCAUUAUAAACACUUCCAUCACUCCAUAAAGUUUCCUCCUGCCUUUUUCUAGUCAAUGCUCUCUUCCUUAGAUGUGAUCACUGUGCUAAUUUCCAUCACUAUAUAUUAUUGAGUUGUUAGAAAAGUCAUGAUGUAUUUUUUCGGUGUGUUUUAUGCAAAAAAUGCAUCAUGACUUUGCCGACAACCCAAUAGUUAACUAGUCUUCAACUUCAUAGCAAUAGAAUUAUCUAGUAUGUACUCUUGUGUCUGCCCUUUUUCUGUCAACAUAAGGUUUUGAGAGUCAUCCAUGUUUCUUAUAUUAGUAAUGAGUAGUAAUUUAUUAAUGAGUAGUAGUGUGUUGUACAAAUGUGUUAUGUUAAUUCAUUAUAUUGUUGCGAGUGGUUGGAUUGUUUUCCGUUUGGGACUUGUGAAUAAACCUGCUAUGAACAUGUA